CAGCUGCAGUUCACGUCUCAGUCAGUACCUAGCAGAGCUGCUGGUGCCUCCACAGAACAUCUCCCGAGCAUUGCCCCAGGCUGAACGAGGCGAGGCACCAAGACAGGGACUCCCCAGCCCCAGGCACCCCGCUCGGGCACAAAGCUGAGUCUUGCCUCCUGACUUGAUCCUCCUGGAGAAGUGACCCUCAAGACAAGUCACCGGGCACCCCUACAGUCUCCUUCUAUGACUCUGUCUGGAUUUGCCUGGCUGUGGGGAGAAGCUCCGAGCAGCUGCCUGGGUCUCAGUGCGGUGCAGCAGCCAGCCACCAUGGCGGGUGCCGGGAACUGAGGGCACAGCCUCUGCAGCCUCGGCGGAGGCACUAAGGACGGGAUGGAGAACAAAGCCAUGUACCUCAACACCGUAAGCGACCGCGACACCAGCUCCAUCUUUGAGGAGCCCUUCGAUGGCAGGAGCCUGUCCAAGCUGAACCUAUGUGAGGAUGGCCCAUGCCACAAACGACGGACGGGCGGCUGCUGCACCCAGCUGGGCUCCCUGUCGGCCCUGAAGCAUGCUGUCCUCGGGCUCUACCUGCUGGUCUUCCUGAUUCUCGUGGGCAUCUUCAUCUUAGCAGUGUCCAGGCCCCGGAGCUCCCCAGACGACCUGAAGGUGUUGACUCUCAACGUGAACCGGCUGAACGAGAGCUUCAGGGACUUACAGCUGCGGCUACUGCAGGCUCCGCUACAGGUAGACCUGACGGAGCAGGUGUGGAAGGUGCAGGACGCGCUCCAGAACCAGUCGGACUCGCUGCUGGCGCUGGCGGGCGCGGUGCAGCGGCUGGAGGGCGCGCUGUGGGGGUUGCAGGCGCAAGCAGUUCAGACAGAGCAGGCGGUGGCCCUGCUGCGCGACCGCACAGGCCAGCAGAGCGACUCUGCGCAGCUGGAACUCUACCAGCUGCAGGUGGAAAGCAACCAAAGCCAGUUGCUGCUGCGGCGCCACGCAGGCCUGCUCGACGGGCUGGCGCGCAGGGUGGGCGUCCUGGGCGAGGAGCUGGCCGACGUGGGCGGUGCACUGCGCGGCCUCAACUACAGCCUGUCCUACGACGUGGCCCUCCACGGCACGCGGCUGCAGGACCUGCAGGUGCUGGUGAGCAACGCCAGCGAAGACACGCGUCGCAUGCGCCUGGCGCACAUGGGCAUGGAGCUGCAGCUCAAGCAGGAGCUGGCUGUGCUCAACACCAUCACAGAGGACCUUCGUCUCAAGGACUGGGAGCAUUCCAUCGCGCUGAGGAACAUCUCCCUCGCCAAAGGACCACCGGGCCCCAAAGGUGAUCAGGGCGAUGAAGGGAAGGAAGGCGAGCCUGGAAUCCCUGGAUUACCUGGACUUCGAGGUCUACCAGGAGAAAGAGGAACCCCAGGACUGCCUGGCCUCAAGGGUGAUGACGGGAGACCAGGAGCCACAGGAGCGAUGGGCAUGCGCGGGUUCAAAGGUGAUCGAGGACCAAAAGGAGAGAAAGGAGAGAAAGGAGACAGAGCAGGGGAUACCAGUGGCUUGGAGGCGCUGAUGAUCCGGCUGGUGAAUGGCUCGGGCCCGCAUGAGGGCCGAGUGGAGGUGUACCACGACCGGCGCUGGGGCACCGUGUGUGAUGACGGCUGGGACAAGAAGGACGGGGACGUGGUGUGCCGCAUGCUGGGCUUUCGUGGCGCCCAGGAGGUGGCCCGGACGGCUCGAUUCGGGCAAGGCACAGGGAGGAUUUGGAUGGAUGACGUCGCCUGCAAGGGCACAGAGGAUACCAUCUUCCGCUGCUCCUUCUCCAAAUGGGGGGUGACAAACUGCGGACAUGCUGAGGAUGCUGGGGUGACAUGUAUCAGAUAGUGAAAGCGGACGCAACCAAGGUCUGGGUCCUACUGCCCAGCCUCCUUCCUGUAUUCCUGGGGUGGGGGCAUCAUUUGGGGCUCCCCUGACCAUGCCUCUGCCCUGUCCAAUCCAGCAUCCCCUGACCCCUCAUUCCUAUCUCAGGACCCCAGUGGCCUAUUGUCAUUUUCCUCUUGGACACCUGCUCCAAACUGUAACUCUGGGGUCUACUACCUGUUUCUCCCUUCCAUCCGAGUUCCUGAAUGUGGAGUCCUGGUCAACCAGAUUGCCAUUUUCCCCAGCCUUCUAAACACCAAGCACCAGGCCUCAAUAUCCACGUGCCCUUUGGUCUGCUAGUGACAGAUGAAUGCUGGAGACAAAUGCUGAGUGGAGAUGGGUGGGAGGUAUAACAGAUCAUUCAGUCUUUAGGUAAUUCCCAAAGCUCAGUUCUGCCAAGAGUUUUGACAUCUUCCUUCCCAGCAAGAGACAAUACUGAAUGAUGUAUGUGUCCCUCUUUACGCUGCCUCUUCGUCCUUGUGUUAGUUUGGGGAGUGACAGCUGUAGGAGUGAGAGGGAAAGUCACCUGCAGGAAUUAAUUUCGAUUUGGAGAAGGGGAGUGACACUAACAUUUAUUGAGUGAGCACCAUGUUGGGUGUUCAAUUUAUUUAUCCACUUUGUAGCAUUCCUACAGGGCAUGUUAGCUUAGGUAAGAUCUCACCUGCAUUCACCUGGCCCAUAAGUCAUAAAAUUGAGACUGACUGAGACCAUUGUUUCCACCUGAACCUUGGUGUGUCUUUGCUAGGCUUGAGCAAGAAUCUCGGGUGCAAGACCUGUGUGCCUAGAAGGUGACACACUCCAGACCUAUGGAGUAUGAGCGCAAGAUCAGGCAUGACUGGCUUCCAGGCCAGACAUCCACACAGAAGGAAGGGUGGUUUGGAGGGUGGCAUGGGGGUUAUCGGGGCUAAACAGAGACCAACACUCAGUCAUCUGGCAAUCAAGGCUAAAGCCAAGUCUCCUGCAUCUCAGAGGUGUUGGAGGUGAUGCCAUUGAGCUUUUCGGGCCUCUCGGGGUGUGAUCCUGUGGUCAGGAGAACAUGGAUCCUGAUAGGUCCUACAAGAGUAGAAGGAAAUGAGGAUUCCUCAUAAUUUCCAGGGGCAGAAGGAGCCCUGGGUUUCUGUAAGUCCUCAAUCUGCUCCCCUCUCCUAUUGACAGGGGAAUCAUAUUCUGCUUUUGACACAAGGGGGAGGUCACACUGGGCCAUCUCUGUGUUCUAGGACUAGGGGAGCUACAUGGUAGUGAGGGAGCACAGACCCACCUCUUUUGUGGGAGUCCCAGACUCACAGGCCUGGGUCACAGCCAUCUGUCAUAUCAGGUGAGCAUCAGCCUGCCUGGGGAAAGUGGCACCUGGCACCCUCUAAGGGUGGGUCCAACAAAGUUCCUGACAACAAAACCAAUAUGUGCUAUUGGUUGUUUUUUGCUUACAAUAUGCUUGUUAUUCAUUAAUGUCCUAAUGAUCAGAGACUUUCCUUCUGACCAAUUGCUAUGUUUACAUAACUCGCAUGUACUCAUGCAUUUUUUUUCCCCAGAGCCAAUAUAUGUACGCAUAUAUAAACAUGGCACUGUUUACGUCAUAGCUCAGCACAUUGCUAAGUUUGUAUUAAAGAAAUACUAAGGUGGAAAGAUGUCACAUUGAAUGAAAUAGAUUCCCAAGUUGGUUCUGGCAAAAAAAACCAGUUACCCCAUUGAUGAAGACCCUCAUGUCAUUCUUACUUGGUCUUUUCAUUUGGGAAAACACACGUCUUGUCUUACAUCAAAUAAAAGUGAUGGUGAUAAGUGUUUGAACCUUAAAAUAAAAGUCUACUAGUUUACAUACCUACUUAAGGGGACAUGGAAAUCCCCAUGGACCUGUAUUUCAGGGACUAAUGGAAAUUAGGCCUGGCCUAAAAUACAUCGGACCUUUUGUAAAAAAGAAUUUCAAUAAAGCUAA